AUGGAGCCGGCAUCGGCAGAGUCUUCCUCUUCGCCCUCCAAGGUCAUUGUGACCCCCUCGAGCGACUCGUCCAAAAGUGCCCCUCAGCUCACUCCCGACGCGAUGCCUGGCGACGAGGCUGAAGAUGUCGUCGACUAUCGCCCUUCCCGAUCGUUGCCGCGCAGCUUGAUCAACCACUGCCGCAUAUACCUGGAAGAUCAGCUCUUCGCGCAUGCCAUUGAACUUGCCAAUAGUCUGCUCACAUGCGGACCAGCCAUACAAAAUGGGCGGGUCACCGAGGCCUUUGUGCUUCCCCGGUGCAGAUCGGGUCUGGAUGAGGACUUUCACGACGACGACUUCGACGACGGCGGCGAGGACGAGGAGAAUGCCAAGAUCAUCUCCAAGCUCGGAAACGAAGAGUCCAUCUGGAACUGCGGACACGACUUUUGGUCCGUCCUGGGCUGGGCCUUCAACUGCAGCGUCGUGCACCCUUCGCGGUGGCGGUGGUGGCGGGCGUGGAUUGAUUUUAUGCUGCGCGUCUUGGACGAGGACUGGAUCAAACGCGCUGCCCUCGACGAGGCCGCUGAUGAGAAAAGGGGCGGCAAAGGUGAAUUUGAGUUUCACAUGAUGAAGCAAUCCCUGAUUGCCAAUUAUGCCACCCGGAGGGGCGGUCGCGCCAACGAUGUCAAGCGGCUUGUCAAGGCACUGUUUGCGGACGGGCACGAGGCGUCGCUCUCGCUCUUCACCGAGGUAUUCCCGUCCGAGACAAAAGACCUGCCACGAGGGCAGAGGAAGAGGAAGCGGGACCCCGCGCUUGACUUGGAAAAUUUCAAGUAUGGCGAUUACGGCGAUACCGACGACGAGCUCGAGGCGAGCGGGCCCGAGGAUGACGGCCGGUCCUUCCUCGUCCCCUACCGGUUUCGCAUCAUGUGCCUCCUUUCGCAGCUUGCCUUUUCCAUGCCGAUCCUCUUCGUCACCUUGGAUACCCUCUUCGAACUGUUUGCCGUGGGCAUCAAGGACAUGCCCCUGCACCUGUUCACCGCCAUGAUCAACCCUUCCUCUGCGAAUGUCAUGGGCAAGGACUAUGUGACCUUGCUGCUCUGGGAACUUCUCUACUGCCUCCUGCCUCCCAAAUUUUUGAACCCCGCCGAGGUAGACCAGGAAGCGGAUCGCGAAGGCCGCUUUACCCAAGACAUCCUCGAGAAGUCUGUCGUGUCUGCUGGAGGCCGUCAUGAUGAUGAUGCUGGAAGACGGCGCGCUCACCCUCGGGCUUCCCUCACGGCCAUGGUCGAAGCGGGCAUCGCGGCGCGGAAGAGCAAGGCGAAGAUUAAGCAGAACCGGCGGACAGGGCGCUUCAACGAGUAUGACGUGUUUGCCAAAAAGGCGUUGGAUGAUUCGAGCGACAUGUUACAGAGCAUACUUGGGGCCGUGCGGGCAAAAGUUUGA